UGCGCUGCGCGCGAGGGAGAGAUAUCGCCGUCGCGGCAGCACACACAACGCACACACCAACGCGGGGCCCCGCGAAUCUGUGUAGCGGGCGACGAAACCCCGCGCCUGGCGACAUCUAUCGCCCGGCCUCGGACUGUUGGUGUACGCGGUCAGUGAGUGACGGUACAUACAGCGACUUUUUAAAAUGGCGCGGCCCUAUUAAAAACCCACGCCUGCGCGCCCAAGCCAACUGGCCUUUUUCCCCCCGCCCCGCCGCCUUGCAACUUUUCUUCUGCUGCGCCGUCGCGGCUUCCACUUUUUGACGUCCCAGUUGCUACUGCUAAGAAUGCUGUCAUAACCUCGAAUUAUUCUCUACAGUGCACUCUUGAUAGUUCGUUCGUCGACGUCGUCGUCGUCAUUCGUGUGCACUGCACGAGAAUUAUGCAACGAGAACUCCGUUGACAACGAAAACCAACGGUUCAGGUGCCGUGUUAUCGUUGCGGCGCGAGAUCCUGUCAUUGCUCCGAAUUACCACUUGAUUGUUUCACAGGAUGAUAGGGAUAGGCUGUUAGUUGCAGACAAUUAUUAAACAUGAUAUUAGCUUUUCAAGCUUCAACCAGAUUUUGUCAAAAGAUAACAUGUCUUACUCAGACAAAAUUCAUUGGUGUCACAUACGCUGCCAGUGCAGCUCAACCAAAACACAAGACUCCAAGGUUCAGAGAACCACCAAUUAUCAUCGUAGGAGAAAAAAGUAAAUUUCGACAUGUUGUUGAUGUUAAAACAAUUAUUCCCCCAAACAUUGAAAACCCAUAUCUAAAGAAAGAAAGUGUAACUUCAAGUGAUAAUGUAAAUAAUGAAGUGAGCAAACCACAGAUGUGGAAAUGGGGUAAACUUGAAGUAGAUCCUACCCAACUUCACAAGUACUGUUUGAUGCUAUCUAAAUUUAGAUUAACAUCUCUAGUUGUCAUCACAGCAAUGGGUGGUUAUGCACUUGCUCCUGGAGCAUUUGAAGUAUACAACUUCUUGGCUUGCUCUUUGGGUACAGGAUUAGUUUCAGCUGCUGCUAAUGCUGUGAAUCAAUCUAUGGAAGUUCCUUAUGAUGCCCAAAUGGCUCGAACCAAAAAUCGUGUUCUAGUCAGAGGAUUACUUGCUCCAAAACAUGCACUUGUAUUUGCUGCAAUUUCUGGCGUAGCUGGUAUUACUCUUCUAGCCGACGUUAACACCCUGACAGCAGUGCUUGGAGGUGCUAAUUUGUUACUGUACACAUCAAUUUACACACCUUUGAAACGUAUUAGUAUUCUCAACACAUGGGUUGGUUCAGUUGUUGGAGCAGUACCUCCAUUGAUGGGAUGGGCCGCCUGCGUCGGAACAAUAGCCUCGCCUGGUGCAUGGAUAAUGUCUGGUAUGUUAUUCGCUUGGCAAUUUCCUCACUUCAACGCUCUGUCAUGGAACUUGAGGCCCGAUUACUCUAAAGCCGGUUAUAGAAUGAUGGCCGUUAGUAAUCCAGAUUUAUGUCGAAGGACGUCGUUUCGCUAUACUGUGUUGUUGACUGCACUUUCUUAUCUCGCACCUGCACUGGAUGUUACGAAUUGGUGGUUCGCGGUAGCUUCUACACCACUGAAUGCGUACUUUCUCUAUCUUGCAUGGGAAUUCAACAGAGAAGGUGAUGCUAGGACGUCACGACGAUUGUUUAGGUUUUCGUUGUUACACUUGCCAAUUUUAAUGACGUUAAUGUUGUUGAGCAAAAAACACUGGUUUGUCAGUAAUGACAAAACGGAAAGUACACAAAUUAAAGAUGUUAACGAAAAAAACCAAUUGCUUGAAGCAAUGUCUAGGGUGAUACAUUCGACGUCUGCGUAAGAUUGUUGACGAAACUAUAAAUUGACGAAAUCAUACGCAACUGUUUUCGAGCCUGUAAAAUAAAUAGUCAAUUGACUCUUGUAAAAAUCUUGUACAAUAAUGUUAA